AUUUUUGUUCUAUGAUCUCUUUUUCCGAAAAAACAAAGAACUUUAUUUCACAGAAAACAGCUUGACAGCAUCUUCAUUACAUACCUGAAGAAGGCUACACUACCGGAAUGUUGGGUUUUUCUUCUUUUUACUUUACAGCGUGGAAUUAAUCUCUACGUGUUCCUUUGCCACUGAAACUAGACGAGCCUGGAGCUGAAACCAAGGUGUUCACAAUGGCCAGGAAUGUGCUGAUAGUGCUUGCACACCAGAGCAAGAGCUCCUUCAAUGCAGCACUUAAGGACGCCGCUGUGGAGGUCUUUAAGUCGCAGGGGUGUCGGGUGACUGUGUCGGACCUGUACGCCAUGAACUUCAAAGCCACCGCCACUCCUGAUGAUGUCAUAGAGCCCAGGGACUCGGAGAACUUCCAGUACGGACGGGAGACGCUGCUGGCGUGCCAAGAGGGGAGACUGAGCGGCGACAUUCUGGAGGAGCACAGGAAGGUCAAGGCAGCCGAUUUAAUUAUAUUUCAGUUUCCCAUGUACUGGUUCAGCGUUCCGGCCAUCAUGAAAGGCUGGAUUGACCGAGUGCUGACUCAGGGCUUCGCCUUCACUCUGCAGUCGAUUUACAGCAACGGUGUUUUCAAGGAUAAGAAAGCAAUGCUCUCCUUAACGACAGGUGCGUCUGGAGCUAUGUUUUCGCCAAGCGGCCUGAACGGAGACCUGAACGUUACUCUGUGGCCAUUACAGAACGGGGUUCUCAAUUUCUGUGGCUUCCAGGUCCUGGCCCCUCAGCUCUCUCACUCCCCGGGGUACUGCCCCCCCGAAACCCGCGCCACCAUGCUGGCGGCCUGGCGCGGCCGGCUGCAAGGCGUGUGGACGGAGGAGUCGCUGGCCUUCCCCCCCACCGAGCUCUUCGACCCCCAGGGGGGGUUCGUGCUGAGGGAGGAGGUGCAGGCGGCGCAGGCGGGCGUGAAAUACGGCCUGUCUGUGGGCCAUCACCUGGGUAAGCCCUUCCCCCCGGACAGCCAGCUCAAGGCAGGAGACAGAAACCGAGACCACGACUGACCACGCGCUGCUGUGCUGUAGCUCCUGCUUUCCUGUCUCGGUGAACCAGCGACAAUAAACGAGUUGCAGUAACCCACUG